AUGUAUUUUCUUGACACAGUUUUGCAUUUAUUAAAAAAACAAAGAAUUUACUGAAAACUCCGUUGAUCAACUCCCUUAUAUACUGUAUGUUUGAACUAUGCAGUGCACCAUCACUUGGUAUCUUGAAAUCAAAUGAACUUUGCUUAUAAUGUUUAGCCUAUAUCCACCAGCCAAUCACAGGUAAUUAUUUUGCUACAGCUUAAGUUUUUUUACUAAAUACUUUUCAAAGCACAGAUCUCAUUAGAGGUAAGAUCCUUAGAUUGUUUUGAAAAGAUGAGAAGGACAGAAGAAUCUUAAAAAUAAAUAUUUAUUUGAUCCACAUAAAAAUCCUCAGCACUAGGAUAAUAGCUAUACAUCUGCUUAGAAAUCCAAAAAUUGCUUAAUUUAAUUUCAUGUUAUAAAUGUUUCAAACUGAUUAGAAAAAACCUAAUACGUGGGUGCUUUCUAUCAGGAUGUAUUUGUUGCCACAGCACUACAUAUUGGAUCAUAUGUGGCCCCAUGUGUCACAGUCACCCGGCACAUUUCCUGCAUUAAAUGACUUUCCUGAGUCAGUCUGGAAAAUAGAAGUCACCAACAAGUACACCAGAUGUGACCCACAUUUGAUAAAUUAGAUGGUUUGACACCCAGUAAGUUCACAUCUGGGGCAAGCAUCAGAAUUUCUGCUUGAAAAAGUAAUUUUUAAACCCAGAAAUAUGAAAAAUAUAGAAAAAACAUUUAAAGCAAUUUAAACAUAUCUUAAAAUUACAAUAUGCAAUAUGUUUGACCCAUGGAGCAGUAGGUGAUGUGAUGUGUGCAUUCAAAUAAGUUUAUUAAAAACUUUCAUUUCUUAAAUGAAGUUUUCAAAACCAAAAGAUGGCGAGACCAAACAAAAGACAUAUUUGCUUAUCAUGCACAAUGUUAACUUAAAUGCAUAAAAAAGGAGGAGCAUCUCUCAACUCAGUGAAAACCACUGUAACCUUCUCAACAGUUAAUAGUGGUAAUGCAGUAACCUCCCCCCACAAAGUUUCAGAAGACCUAGGCCAAGCCUAAAUACUUUCUAUGGAUAAAAAUAACUUUGCCUUGUAGCUCUUAUGUAGAACACAACUUGAACAUUUCUGCAAUUUUUACAUUGUUGCUUUUGACCUCUUGGCUGCCUCUCUGAGCAGUUUACAGUACAUCCUUUUAUUCAAAUUGGAGCAAGAUCCAAUCUUUUUUAAAUGAAAAUUUGCCCCAUAAUUCCCCAAAUAUUGAUAACUGCCUGCUCUAUAUGCCACCAUGUAAACUAAACAAUGGAACUUUAAAUGCUGAAUCUGGAUCAGGUCAUGCUUCGAAAAAUGUUUUGUUAAAGAGUAUUUACAGUAAUACAACCAGGUAAUUGCAGCUUUUUACAUCUCUAUUUUUGGCCUUCCAAAUAUAAAUGCACUUUUCUUUUGAAUUAUAUGAUACAUGUCAUGUGAAAUUUCUACAAAGCUUUAGUGACUAAUCUUUUUUUUUCUUAAUCACAGAUAAACUAGAAUUUUGAAAAGAAUGGGACUUUUGAGAGUCUCUUUACUUUGCAGCAAUGAACAUAUUGUCAUCAAACUUGAUGUUAUAGAAGCCUAAACGAGUGAAAAUUGAAUGGUUAGACGACUGGGUCAGAGCAUCUCUCAAAACACAGCUCUUUUGGAAUUUUCCUGGUUUUUAUUGGUAAGUAUCUAUAAACAACCAGUUAAAAGAAGGAACUGUGGUGGACUGGUGACAUGGUCAUGGCUUUGGCUUAGGAAUAGUUUGGAGAGAAUAAUUUGGGUCCAAAUCUCAAGAUCUGCUGCUUACAUCUUGGUGUCACCACAGCACCUUUAGGUCCGUACCUCCAGAGGUCGAGGCUGUGUUGACAGAAAAAUCGAUCAACACACAAUUAAGAAGGGUUCAUAGUGUUAUGGCUAAUUGGUCUAUUUAGAGUAGUGGGGGAUUAUAUUUACUCAAUAAUUCCUCACAAUGAUACAUGUUGAGACUGUCGGACUGUGUUUUUGAAGACAAGGGAGCUUUGAGCAGCUGCUCAUGGAAUAUUUUGGCAAAAAUGAUCAAAUCACUGAACCUUAAGAUUUAAAAAAAAAUCUAACAGUUUCACGUGAACAGACUAGUUUGAAAUGCAAAAUCUACAAAUGCUAAAACUCCACUUUGCCUGGAAAUGUAUUUGUUGAAGUCUAAGCAAAACCAAAAGAUUAAAUCAACGUGUUCUCGGAAUUUAAUCAGGAGACCAAGUAACCACAAUUUUUGUGUCUACUUAUGAGCAAGCAGCCUUGAAGAGAGGAGGAGCACAGGAGAGGCAUAUACUAAACAGAUAAGACACCACAAGAUCUGAAUAACGUCUUGUACAAGGAGAUUUUAGAUUGAGAAAACACAGCUCUCAUUAGAAGAACACAUUUCUCAAGGUUUAGAAACCUCACUUUCAUUGGAAAAAAAGCACAAACAAGAUUAGAAAAGACUAAAUAAAAACUCUUCACUAAAUAUUAGUGAAGAGUGUGAACAACUUUAUGUAUGUCUGUUAGUGUGUAUGUGUGUGUGUGUGUGCGUGCGUGCAGGCGUUUGUGCAUGUAUGCGUGCGUGGGUUGUUUAGUUUAAUUAAAUGCCAAAAAAUAGAAAAGAGUGAAAAGGUUUUCAGUUAUUUUAUACAGUGUUCUGGAAAUAAUUUGGUUUUUAAGUAAUAUAUCUGAAAUUAUACAAGAAAUGCAACUAAGCUUAGAUUUUUUAUUUUCAUUUUACGGGUUGAUAUUUAUAAAAUCCAAACAUUUUUAAAAGUUGUAAAAAUAAAAAAAUGCAAUAAAAUUGUGAUUCUUUUCUGUAUUCUAAAGAGCAUUUAAAAUUCAUCUACUUUUGACAGUAAUUUCAGUUGCUUACACAAUAAGUGAAUGUAACUAAAGUAUAAAUAAAAACAAUGACAAAAGUUACAUUGUAUUCCCAUGAUGGUAUUAGAGCAUGGAAGGAUCGGGAUGAAACUUAUGGAAUAAAACAUUCAUACAUAACAAAAGCAGGAGAAGAAGCUUUAGCAUGAAAUGCUUUAUAACUCACUUUAAUCUACAGCCCAGACAACUAUCUCUGCAAUAUUAUCAUCAGCUGACACAGUAAUGAUCACAGUCUGUUUGCCAUCUCCUCUAAAUGAGCCUUUGUCUUUACUCUCAAAUCUUAAUGCUUCUUUUAAGCUCCAGAAUAAAUACUGAACACGAAGUAAAAAGCAAGCACAUUCUCUUUUUUAUUUAUUUUUCCACAGGAAAUUGCUAGUAUCAUCAACUGGAUGUAAAACUCUCAAGGUAAUUUUCUGUUAUCAAAGAAUGAUGCUAAAUCUUCUGGUAAUACCGCUUUCCUUUUGGUAUAAAAAUGCUAAGACUUCCAAAUUUAAAUAACUCACACUUUGAUAUGUUUCUACUUGAAUAUGCUGCAGAUCAGAAGGUUAGAUCUGAAAUGGGGGAAAUGAAGGAAAGAACUUGUUUAGAUUCUCCGAAUCCCAACGCCUCAUCACAAAUAGCCAAUGAAUUUUGUGAGAAUCUGCAAAUCUACAUGGUUCUGACAGACCUGGAGAAGAAAGCCAUUGGCACCAUUUGCUUCCUGGGUGGUCCGAUAACACUGAUGGAGAACGUCCUUGUCCUUGGAGUUAUUGCCACCUCGGCGAUGCUGAGACAGAAGCCCUCUUAUCUGUUCAUUGGCAGCCUCGCCCUGGCAGAUAUUUUCGCUAGCUGCUUCUUCACCACAAGUUUCCUGGACUUUCAUCUCUUCCGCCGCUGUGAUGGUCCAACUGCAUAUCUCUUCAAGUUAGGAGGGGUUACCAUGGCCUUCAGUUCUUCAGUUGGGAGCUUGCUGCUAACUGCACUGGACCGAUACCUGUGCAUCCACCAGGCAUCCAGUUACAAGGUUCUGCUAACCCGACGAAGGGCCCUGCUGAGUCUCCUGAUUCUCUGGAGCAUCACCAUCUUCAUCUCCUGCUUGCCACUCAUGGGCUGGAGGUGUCCCACAGUGCUUAACCCUCCGUGCUCAUGCUUGUUCCCCUUCAUCAGCCCAAGCUACUUGGCCUGCUGGACUACCUUUAUCUUGAUACUUCUCACAUUAAUUUUGGUGGCCUACGCCCUGAUCCUGUGGAAGGCCCACCGUCAUGAAUCUUCCAUGACCAGCCUCCAGGGGGCAGCAGGUGCCGGUCAGGCCCGCAUGAGAAUGGAUAUUCGGCUGGCUCGUACUUUUGGUUUGAUUCUCCUCAUACUGGUGGGGAGCUGGCUCCCUGUACUUAUCUUCAUGCUGGUUGAUGUCUCUAUAGUCUUGACUCCUACCCAGCAGAGAGCUUUUGCCUUUUGCAGCACCCUUUGCCUACUGAAUUCUGCAGUCAACCCACUGCUUUAUGCCCUGCGGUGCAGAGAGCUAAGAAUUGCUCUGCUGCAGUCUCUACAAAGGUCAUGUGGUUUCUGGAAGUGUAAAAACUCUACAAAUGACUUACAUCUCACAGGGCAUUCUGCAGAAGACAACUGUGCUACAGUGUCUGAUGACACUCUGGCAGUGAGAACCCCUCAACUCGACUCAGUCUGUGAAAUAGUGAACAAUAAAUCGAGUUAAAUAAACACAGUGGAACAUUGUAAUAAAUUAGCAGCUCAGAUGGACGAAGACUUGAAGGGUGCUGGUGAAGGACUGUAAAACCAUCAACACAAUGUAAUGAUGUAAAUACUUUGAUAAAAAAUGAAAUAUACAAAAUACAACCUGACAUUUUUAUUGUAGAUUUUUUUUUUCUUAUUAAAGACAAAAUGACUGUCAGUGACAUUUUAUUAUUCAUUGUUUUUUUCCCUUGGAACAAUGAACCUAGAUGUAAUGUAUAAUUAAUAAGGUAAUAAGCAAACAGAUUUAAAUCUGGCACUGAAAAGAAAACCAGUAUAAUAUGACCAAAACAGAACACAAAUGGAACUAAAAGCUCAAACACCUGUCUUCAUCAGAACAGGGGAAAUGGACAGAAUUGAUGACGAUGGAUAAUGCUAAACACAAACCAAUGUUGGAAGAAAAUCUGUGUGUGGUUAUAGACUGGUGUAGAUGUUUUUGUUUCCAACAAGAUGAAAUGGUUUAAAUCAGAGGUGCUAAAAUCCAGCCCUCAAGAGCCACCAUUCUGCAACAUUGCUACUCCAACCCACCUGAAUAAAAUGAACUGCUCAUUACCAGGCCUCUGCCGAGAUGAUGUUAGCUGGAAGUAGUAAAAAACUCCAGUAUUUUUCUAAUGCUUGGCAAUAUUGUUGAAGCCAAAUAUAGGACACUGCAAAUGUGUGAGAGAAUAUAAUCUGGUCAGAUGAAACAAAAAAAAAAUUCUUCAUGCGAAACAUGCAUGAAAGAAAACUAACAUUUAGAAAUGCAGUGAAACAUGGUAGUAGCAGUAUCAUGCUGUGGGGUCAUAUUUUUUUGCAGUAGGGACAGGAAAGCUGAUUCAAGCUAAAUGGACUGAUUCAAUACAUAGAUAGAACUAAGCACAAGGAAAUCCUGGGAAAAAUAGUGAGAGGCAAGAUGAUAAAAUCAGUUCAGUUAGAAAAUAAACAGAAGGAUUCAAAGGUUAAGGGAUUUAUGGUGCUGAUGAAAAAGCAUUUUAAAACACUGCUGUAUUUAUCGUGAUAUAUGUAUUAUCAAUCAAGAAUGACAAUUCCAAUUGAAGUCUGGCAUUUCUACCUUUCCUAAUAAAAGACUGUGAA